AUGGAAAGUGCCAUCACUAGAAACUAAUGCUUGAUUUUUGUAAAUAAAUGAAGCACCAAAAAUGAAUAAGCGUAAGGAUAAGCAUAAGGAACAACUCAACAGAGUAACUAGAGAGUGGGGCAAGACCAAGUUCAAGCCGUUCAACCCAAGAACUGAAAUUACUCCAAAUCCCGAGCCCACCGCAAAACCGUGGCAGCACGUGAAGAACGACAUCAUAGAUGCCUCCGAGGAGAUGAACAGUGCGGAUCGCCUUAAUGUGGAAAGCGAGGAGGCUAAGAAGUUUAUGAAGCAGCGAGAGAAAAAUCACAGAAGGAACGUAAUCGAAGCGAAGCGAAUGGAAGCCACCAAAUGGGAGUCCUUUGACGAUGAGCCCAAACCUCAGAAAAAAAAUAAAAACAAGAAGCCCAAGGAUAAGGCCACCUUCAAGGAGUGCGGAAAAGGAGAACUGCCCACUGAAGCCCAAAAAACAAGCCCAAAUGAAAUCAAGAAGCCCAAGGAUAAGGCCACCUUCAAGGAGUGCAGAAAAGGAGAACUGCCCACUGACGUAAAAAAUUUUACUUUUAAGGAACGUAAUUUCUACACCAGGAAAAUCACUUUGGGAUUGACUUCCAAAAAGACGUCUCUCGACAACGCCAUAUUUGAUUUGCGCAAGAACGGUUUUGGAAGCCAUUGUUCCCAAAAAAAGGGAGACAAUCCUUUCAAGAAGCACAAGAAACCUUUCUACUGCAACAAGGGAAAAGCUUCCCGUUAUGAUUAAUCGUAGUUUCAUAAGUUUAAACCCGUUGGGCCUUUGUACGAAAUUCUAAAUAAAAAAUAAACCAAUUUCUAACA